UUUUUCAAUCCCUAGGAAGGAGAGAGCGCGAGAAAAGACGGGACAUCCUACAAAGCCUAACAUUUCUGCCAAUAUUACAGAAUGGAGAGCUUAGGAUACCACACGGAGGGGGGUGAAGGAGCCUUGGGGAUGUCUGAAGGAGGGGUAGUGAAGGAGGGAGGCCUGGAGGUGAAGGAAAUGCAGAAAAUUCCUCUAAUACUGAACGCUUCUCUGGUCAGACCAUCCUUCAUUGAAUAUUUGGACCGAGGCUUCGAGAUACGAGUGAGCCAGGUGAACACCCAGAACAGCGCUAUCCUGCCUACUUGUGGUGUGGCAGCCCUGAUCGUCACACUCCCUCCCUUCACCUUUUCCUCCUCCUCCAGCAAAGAAGAGACGUUUAAUCAGCUGGUGGACAGGGUCCGCGCCUUCAGCCGAAUACACGCGGGGGGCGUUGUAAUAAUGGUGGGUGCUGUGUUUGGCAUGGAGGAGGUGAACGGGGUGUUGGGGAAGUUAUCAAGGGAGGUUACUGCCACGCCCACCCCUGCUACUGCCUGCCCAUGGGGAAGCCCAGGCUGCCGCGCACAUACAACUACUGUCAAAGGUUAG